UCGCCAGAGGAGAGGUUCCAGUGGCUGCUGUAUCCUCGCCUCGGACUUUGUCCGCUGCCGAGCGGGACGAAGGCGCGUUUCGGCGGCCCUGCCAACUGAUUAGGAGUCUAGAGGGGAAACCGUCGGAGCCGGAGGGAGGAUCGCGCAGUAAUUGGAUUUUAAAAGUUAUUUAAGCCCCCCAGUAAAUACACGGAUCAGUCGGGCGAACUAAUAAUCCGUUUAACUGUAACCUAAAUCCCAGGCUUUAGGGCUGAGCAGCCAGGCGGGGAGCGGAGCCAGCGAGUUGCCGCCGCCACGGGACUUUCUGCGGAGCUGGCGAAAGACUUUGCCUACGUUUGCGGGUGUUUUGUUUCCCUCCCCCCACUCCAGGCAUCUCAGGAAACUUCGCGCGUGGGGCGACUCUGGCUGGCUGGGGCUGGGCGGUGGGGAUAGACUCUCGCUGCACCCAGGGAAGACGGCAGACUUGAGGCUGGGAUUGACCGAGGAUUCUCCAGCGCCUGGCCAGGGCUCACAGACCUGGUUUAGCAGCAAUCCGUCCGCACCCUCCUCCUCCUCCACCCGUCUCCGCGUGAGCCUCCCCCGCUGGCUUCUCGGGGCCCCUGAUGUACCUGCAGCAGCCCGCGGCUCGGCUCUGAAGGGCUCCCCGCGCCUCUGCUCUCUCCAGCUGCCGCGGUGAUGUGGGCUGCAGCGGCUGCCUCUCUGGGCCUGGCCGCCCUCCUGGGCGCCCUGCUGGGGGUGCCCGCGGGCUCGGCGGCCCAGCAGUACCACGGCGAGAAGGGCAUCUCGGUGCCGGACCACGGCUUCUGCCAGCCCAUCUCCAUCCCGCUGUGCACCGACAUCGCCUACAACCAGACCAUCCUGCCCAACCUGCUGGGACACACCAACCAGGAGGACGCCGGGCUGGAGGUUCACCAGUUCUACCCGCUGGUCAAGGUGCAGUGCUCGGCCGAGCUCAAGUUCUUCCUGUGCUCCAUGUACGCGCCGGUGUGCACGGUGCUGGAGCAGGCCAUCCCGCCCUGCCGCUCUCUGUGCGAGCGGGCCCGCCAGGGCUGCGAGGCGCUCAUGAACAAGUUCGGCUUCCAGUGGCCCGAGCGCCUGCGCUGCGAGAACUUCCCCGUGCACGGCGCGGGCGAGAUCUGCGUGGGCCAGAACACCUCGGAGGCCCCCGGCCGAGCAGGGACAGGGGCCGGCGGCCCCACCGCCUACCCCACCCCCUACCUGCCCGGGCUCCUCACCCCGCCGCCGCCCCACGCUGUCUUCGCCUUCUCCUGCCCCCGGCAGCUCCAGGUGCCCCCUUACCUGGGCUACCGCUUCCUGGGGGAGCGGGACUGCGGAGCGCCCUGCGAGCCCGGCCGCCCCCACGGGCUGAUGUACUUCAAGGAGGCGGAGGUGCGGUUCGCCCGGCUGUGGGUGGGCGUCUGGUCGGUGCUGUGCUGCGCCUCCACCCUCUUCACCGUGCUGACCUACCUGGUGGACAUGCGGCGCUUCAGCUACCCGGAGCGGCCCAUCAUCUUCCUCUCGGGCUGCUACUUCAUGGUGGCCGUGGCCCACGUGGCCGGCUUCCUGCUGGAGGAGCGGGCGGUGUGCGUGGAGCGCUUCUCAGAGGAGGGCUACCGCACCGUGGCGCAGGGCACCAAGAAGGAAGGCUGCACCAUCCUCUUCAUGAUCCUCUACUUCUUCGGCAUGGCCAGCUCCAUCUGGUGGGUGAUCCUGUCCCUCACCUGGUUCCUGGCCGCCGGCAUGAAGUGGGGCCACGAGGCCAUCGAGGCCAACUCGCAGUACUUCCACCUGGCCGCCUGGGCCGUGCCGGCCGUCAAGACCAUCACCAUCCUGGCCAUGGGGCAGGUGGACGGGGACGUGCUGAGCGGGGUCUGCUACGUGGGCCUCUCCAGCGUGGACUCGCUGCGGGGCUUCGUGCUGGCCCCGCUCUUCGUCUACCUCUUCAUCGGCACCUCCUUCCUGCUGGCCGGCUUCGUCUCCCUCUUCCGCAUCCGCACCAUCAUGAAGCACGACGGCAGCAAGACGGAGAAGCUGGAGAAGCUGAUGGUGAGGAUCGGGGUCUUCAGCGUGCUCUACACCGUGCCCGCCACCAUCGUCCUGGCCUGCUACUUCUACGAGCAGGCCUUCCGCGAGACCUGGGAGAAGACGUGGCUGCUGCAGACCUGCAAAAGCUACGCCGUGCCCUGCCCCGGCCACUUCGCCCCCAUGAGCCCGGACUUCACCGUCUUCAUGAUCAAGUAUCUCAUGACUAUGAUCGUGGGCAUCACCACCGGCUUCUGGAUCUGGUCCGGCAAAACCCUCCAGUCCUGGCGGCGCUUCUACCAUAGACUCAGCAGCGGCAGCAAAGGGGAGACAGCGGUAUGAUGAGACCUUGCUCCUCUUCCCUGAUGCCGGCUGUUGCUGCUGCUACUCCUGGAAAAGCCGCGCAGACACCGGAGUGACUCUCCAAGGACUGGGAGAGGGCUCCCUGGGGUCUCACAACUCUGCCUUGCCGAAGACAAAACCCCCAGGCAGUGACUGGGUCGCUUUCUUGCCAACCAAGUUGAAAAGCACAGAGUAAGUACCCUUCUCAGACUGCUGGUGGGGAGCUCUUCCACUGCAAGAAGUUUCCUUUCUAAAAAAAGAAUUACUGUAGUGUCUGGGCAAAAGGUUAAGCUGGAUCUGCUGUGCUGUGACCGAUGUAAAAGUGUGGACCAAUGAAACUUUGAGUCAAGAAGUGGUUCAAUCAUAGUUUACUUCGGUGGGGUCAUACUGCAGCCGAUAUUGGCUUAAUUUCCUGAAUCCUAUUUUACUGUCUUCUCAUUCAAACCCAGAGUAAUCACGUGAGUAUUUUAAUAGAAGCUACCAAUUAUAAUCACGUGCUGUUGAGCUUUCCCAUAUCCUGUCAUAUAGAGGGGGUUGCUUUUAUAUCUAACCAUCACUUAUCAAAGAGAAUCCUAACCUUGCUGCUUGGAAGGAGUUGCUAUUUAAUACCCUAAAAAGACAGGACUUGUUGCUUUUCAGCCAAACAUUUCCCCCCC